UUAAAUUUUAUAAUGGAUAUUUACAAGCAAUACAUCUACAAGCUGCGCGAGCUGGCUCUAAGGGAACCCUACAUUUAUCUCCUCACCGAUGAUAUAAUCCCGAAAUUGAAACAAUAUAUCCAUGAGCUCAAUUCAAUAACCUUCGACGAUGGUGCAUACCACACUUAUUAUGGAGAAAUAAAGACUAUAGUCAAUAGCUUUAACAUAUAUUGGACAGAUAAAAUGGACGAUGCAAUUAAGGAAGCAGAUAAAUGCAGCCAUUGCAUUACUUUGGCUGAAUUAAUUGAAAUGGCACAAAAAACAAUACUUAUGCAUAAAAUAAAACAAUCCGAUUUCGAAAGUGAAUUUCAACCACUUAACUCACCUUUAGAAGAACAAGCAUACACAGAAAUAUUAGAGAAAUGUGUAUCCUUUACUAAAAGCCUUGAAGAAUUUGCCGAGAGUCUAACAAAGCUCGAUAAACAGGACAAAGUGGAUGCAUUCGCUAAAGAACAUUUUCCUUUAUCUUUGAAGAGAAAAAAUGACGUAUUUGUCUUCACGUACAAUUUUAUCUCUAACGAAUUGAGUUUAGUCGUUGACAAAAUCCGAAUAAGUAUCGGGGAGAUUUUCGACCGCCUUCGAAACAAUAUGCGCUCAAUGCAGGAACAGUCCGAUUCAUGCGUCUCUGACCUACUCAUUCGCCUGUACGAGAAGAAAAAAGAACACCUGUCCCUGUCCCGACAGGACAAUCGCGUCUCUACGGAACUUGCAGAGGUCCAACGUAGCAUGGACAUUAUAAAAGACAAAAUAGAGGAUUCAAAGCAGCUGCAGAUUCACCGUCUCCAAGAAGAGUAUAUCUACUGGGAGGGCAGGAUAUGCGAGUUCGAGCAAAUACAUAGGACCAUAAACAAGCUUCAGGAGGCAGAAGAACGUGUACUUGAACAGGAGGACCUUUUCCUUUCUAUGAAAGACAGUGAAAUUCCAGCAUCUAAAGGAAAAUGUUGGGAAAAUGUGGGCGAAAAAUUAAAAGCAAAACUGCAAGAAAUUAAGGAACUAAAACUGAACGCGGCAAAGGCCCUACAAUCAUUCUUCAUCGUCCGAGGCCCAGAUAGAAUUUUCUACUCUGACAACAUCGGCAGAUACUACGUGGACGACUACGGGCAUCAGUGCUACGUGUUCAACUACGGGCCGAGCGUUUACCAAGUCAACUGCCAGGGGGAGUUGGUCGACAUCCCUGACAAGGAAAAAUAUUUCUACGACGACAUGGGUCGUUUUUACGUAGAAAAAGACACAAAAGAGAAACUCUACCAAGCGGCGCCGUGUUCUAGCUCUUACAAAAUUGAGAACGAUAUAUUCGUGAAGCAUAGCAAAGACUGUGGGCAUUCUGAAACCUAUAACGAAUACUGUGGCAUGCUAGUUAAGGACCCUACUAAAAUGGUUGUAUUACCACCCAUUGAACCUGUGAUUAUUAAAGGCAAAUUAGACCCCGAAGUCGUUAAAUAUCUUUGGGAUACAUUUGGCCACAUCCUACCCGACGUGUUGCGUGACGUUGCUGAAACCCGACCCAAAAACCCCAUUCACAGCCUCGCUCAUAAAUUACUUGCGCACAAGUAUAGAAUAACGAAUACCGAAACAAAACGCAAGAAGGCUGAAGCUCAUAUUUAUCGCAGUCAAAUAUACCAGGACCGUUUGCAGAAAGCGAGCGCCACUUAUAAGGCAUGGAAGAAAAAGCACACCCAGCGUCGGAAGACGGACGAAAUCGACGACUCUGAGGAAAUUACAGCAUAUUACAAACACGUGGCAAAACAGGAGUUCAUACAUUUUGUUAACUAUGAUAACUGACUUUUUGUGCAUUGUAGGUACUUUAUCCGACUAAAUCAAGUGUUUGUUUAAAUAGAUCCUUCAAACCAGAUAUACGCAAUAGCACAUUUUUCCAUACACAAUUUCUCCCGUUAUUAUAUAAUUCUAUAACAUAUACCCCGGCACACCGCGCCACAUCGUCCGCCUGCAUUUUGUCUUAGAUUUUUGGUCGUGAUCCGAAGCUAUACAUUCUAAUCACGUAUCAAACGAAUCAAAUUCAU